AGAAGAGGGGGUCUGGGGCUGAACACAGUCGUGAAAGAGGAGGAGGGAGAAGAGGAUGUCACAGUUACUGUGAAAGAAGAAGAGAAAGACUUUUCAGUGAAAGAAAAGGAAGACGCGUUCAGAGUGAAAGAGGAGGAGGAUGUUACAGUAAAAGAAGAGGAGGAAGAGAAAGAGGAGGAUGCCGUUUUUGAAGUAAAGGGCCAAGAGAUAACUGUCACAUUGAAGGAGGAGAAGGAAGAACAGGAGGAGGAGACAGGAGAUCUGAUUAAGACCAGAGAGAGACCUGACUCUGACAGCGGGAAGAGUUCCUCAGAGGAAAUAGACCUGGAGACGCCUAACCAACACCACUGCUCCCACUGUGGAAAGAGUUUUAGGUGGUUUGGGAGCCUGAAAAUGCGUGAGAGAAUACAUACAGGAGAAAAGCCCUACCACUGUUCUCACUGUGGAAAGAAUUUUACUCAGUUAGGGGCCCUGGUUGGGCAUGAGAGAUCACACACUAGAGAGAAGUCUUAUCACUGUUCCCACUGUGGAAAGAGUUUUAGGUGGUUAUGGGUCCUGAACAAGCAUGAAAGAAUACACACUGGAGAGAAGCCUUAUCACUGUUCUCACUGUGGAAACAGUUUUAGGUGGUUAGUGAGCCUGAAAACGCAUGAGAGAACACACACAGGAGAAAAACCUUUCCAAUGUUCCCAGUGUGAAAAGAGUUUUAGGUGGUCAGGGAGUUUGAAAAAGCAUGAGAGAAAACACACAGGAGUAAAGCCUUUCCAACAUACUAAUACACAGAAGGAGACAACAUACCACUGCUCUCAUUGUGAAAAUACAUUUUCCCAGUCAGAGGACCUGAAAUCACACGAGAGAAUAGAGAGGCUGUGUUCUGACUUAUGUUUUUGACUGAGAAUUUGUCCACGGCCAGGAUUCACAGGGCCAGGGUGUCCGCUAUGGACACCUGGAAGAAAUCAGCAGCGGACAUUUCUGAAGGUUUAUCCAACAGACCUGUACAUCCAUGAAUGGAUCUCUAUAAUGUGUAAACUAUUUCUGAUGUAUUGUUUAAUAGAUGUACUAUGUUAGGUAUAUUUAUCUGUGUUUUUAUUUCAACAGAUUUUACUGAUGCUAUUAGAUUGUACUAUGUUAGGUAUAUUUAUCUGUGGUUUUAUUUUAACAGAUUUUACUGAUACUAUUAGAUUGCUGGGUGGGGGGAGUUUUAUAUAUACAGAGACUUCAGAAAGUAUUCACACCCCUUGACUGGUCCCACAUGUUGUUGUGUUACAUCCUGAAUUUAAAAUGUAUUUUUAUUUCACCUUUAUUUAACCAGGUAGACUAGUUGAGAACAAGUUCUCACUUGCAAUGACACAUACAACAACACAGAGUUACACAUAGAAUAAACAAACAUACAAUCAAUUAUACAGUAGAAAAAUCUAUAUACAGCAUGUGCCAAUAAGGUAGGAUAACAGAGGUUAGGCAAUAAAUAGACCAUGGUGGCGAAGUAAUUACAAUAUAGCAAUUAAACACUGGAAUGGUAGGGAAUGUGAAUGUGAAUAGCAGAAGAUGAAUGUGCAAGUAGAGAUACUGGGGUUAAAUGGAUUCAAUACCCCAUAAUGUCAAAGUGGAAUUAUGUUUUUGGAAAUGUUUACAAAUUUAAUUAAAAGCCUAAAUAAGUUCAGGAAUAAAGAUUUUGCUUAACAAGUCACAUAAUAAGUUGCAUGGACUCACUCUGUGUGCAAUAAUAGUGUUUAACAUGAUGUUCGAAUGACUACUUCAUCUCUGUACCCCACACAUACAAUUAUCUGUAAUGUCCCUCAGUCGAGCAGUGAAUUUCAAACACAGAUUCAACCACAAAGACCCGGGAGGUUUUCCAACGCCUCACAAA